AUGCCUUCAUCUCGGAUGACGACGAGGGCAAUCGAUCGCAUUGGCACGCUUGACCGGCCAAUCUACACUUUGACGAAAUGCUUCUGCCUGUGGAAGACAGUUCUAUUGCUUAUUGUCCUCGCUAGUCCAGGGCCAGGAUACGACACGUCAACGGCCUUGCUUCUCUCGCCCGACGGAGGAAAUGCCGGUGAGCGGGGAGCGGGCAGCAGCGUGGCAUGGCUGAUAUCGCAUAUUGGACAUCGGCUGGCGAGAUGGGACUCCAUCUACUUUUUGAAGCUCGCACAGAGGGGAUAUUUUUUUGAGCAAGAAUGGGCGUUUGGAUACGGGUAUACCAGGUUUUUAUCAUUUUUGCUUCCUGAGUCCUUAAAGAGUCUGCAGAAUCUCGCAGUGACUGCAGCUCUUCUUUCGAACAUAUGUCAUUACCUGUCAGUUCUGGUGCUUUACGGGCUCUCCCGGGCUACCUUUAAGGGUAGCGGAAAGAAUUACAAUGCAUUCCCCUUUUUAGCAUCGGCAUUGCAUAUCAUCACUCCUGCUGGUGCUUUUAUAUCUGCACCCAAUGGAGAAGCAGCAUUUUCAUUUCUCAACUUUUCAGGCUGCUAUGCCUUUAUUACGGCUCUCAACGAUGAACGUCAAGGCAGUUACAAUUUGAGAGAUCUGAAGUUCCUGCUCGCGGGUGCACUUUUUGCUGCUGCUACUACGGUUAGAAGCAAUGGUUUGCUUAGCGGUCUGCUAUUCGCUUAUGAUGCGGUUUCUGGACUUCAUCAGAUACUUACGCAUGGCUUGUCGUGGCAGGCUAUACGACGCCUGGCUAUGGUGUGUGCAGGUGGUAGCCUGAUUCUGAUAGGAAUGGUUGGGCCGCAAUAUGUAGCAUAUAAGGACUUUUGUCUGUCUGAGCACCCGCGCCCGUGGUGCAGUCGCCCAUUCCCAAGCAUCUAUGCAUGGGUUCAAUCCUAUUACUGGAAUGUGGGCUUUCUAAGAUACUGGACCUUCUCGAACAUUCCUCUGCUCUGUAUAGCAGCUCCCAUGAUAAGUAUACUUGUCUAUUCAGGUUUACGAGUAUGGGCGAGCCUCAUCCCGAUGCUCCCUGGGAAAGUAGAAGAUGAGAGGGCCGAUCAAGCACCGAGCCAUAGCGUGAGAUACCAGGCCAGGCUUGCUCUACCUCAGGUCGUGCUUGCUACUCUAGCAGUGACUCAUUAUCACAUCCAGAUUGUGAACCGGAUAUCGUCAGGGUAUCCGCUGUGGUACUGGUUCCUGGCAUCGCGCCUGGUGGCAGAGAAGAGAAAAGAAACUCCAUCAACGCCGCCUUUCUGGCCCGGCUCUCACGUAGUCAUGCGUGUAAUCAUGUUGUAUGCGCUGAUCCAGGGCUGCCUCUUUGCCUCCUUCCUUCCUCCGGCCUGA